AGAUUGCGUCAAAUGACGUGUACAAGAGCGUGGAGCACAGGGUUCUGGCAAAUUCCAAGUCAGAAGCGCGAGUAUCAGUCGCAGUUUUCUACAACCCUCGAAUCAGAGACAACUUGUACGGCCCAUUCCCAGAGCUAAUCUCGCGGGACACGCCCGCGGUUUAUAGGCAGUUCACUUACAAUGAUUACAUAACACGCUUCUUCAAUAAGGAACUGGACGGCAAAUCUUUGCCCAACCAUUACAGAGUUUGAAUUCUUAAACUCUCCCUAUAUUUCACAUGUUAUGUUUGUAUGUUACAAACAACUUUGCAAAUAUGAUAGUUUUAUUUCAUGAAUUUAGUGUAGUGAUGAUUAAAUUAAUCGGACAGGUUGAUUAAUAUGGUUUGUUUUCAAUUUAAUCCUUUGGAGUAUUUUUUUUUUUUGUCGUUCAAUUUUCGAAGGUGUGUCUACUAAGUUUUGUAUUACUCUUUAAACAAUCAAUUAUGAUAUCAAGGACAUAUGGCAAGAGAACCACAUUGAUGGGAGGAUUUACUUA